ACCACAAGACGGUGGCUGGGGAGAGCUCAAGCGAAGAGGGUGAUACAGCAAACGUUGGAUUAAAGCAAAAGAAUAACGGGAUGGAUUAAACUAUCUGCACGAUAAACUAAAGGAGCUGCUCUACCGAGAUUAUCUGUACAUCGCCCACAGACUGUUUCAAUUAAUUUAGCUUGCUAGCUUGCGAUUUUUAAAAAUAAUGCGACUCAACGCCUGGCAGUGAUGGAGGUGGUCUCUUGGUGCACUAGCGGCGGAUUUGUGUUAUUAGCAGUUUUUGUGUUGUAAUGAUAUUUGCAACAACGCUUAUAUAGAAAUAUUUAAGGUGAAGAAAUGUCGGGCUCGGUUUAAGAGCACUCGCAAGAACAAGCGCGCCUGGUGCUAACUGUUAGCUUGCUAGCUGACGAGCUACGUUUGCAAGUACUGCAGACUCUUACUCCGACGGCUGUUCGGGGUAAUAUCGGAGGGGAUACCUUCAAAUAAAAAAAGUUGAAUGGCGGCGGCUUAAAUUCAUAUCGGAAGCGAUUAUUGGAUUUUUGUGGUGGUGUUAGAUUUAGGUGAACGGUAACGUUACCGGCUGCCAGUCCUGGCGCUGUCAUAACAGCUGCACUGGUCACCUGUAUUUACAACUCAGUCCGGAACUACGUUUCUUCUGGAAAUUUACAAAAUGCAUCAUCCGGAGCCUGCAGGAGAUCCAUCUGGCACUAGGAAGAUGGCGCACCCGGCAAUAUUUACAAGAAGAGGUAGCGGAACCGGCGGUGUCUCCGCGUUGACAACUGUGGGAAGUACGAGCAUUAGCAACAAUCUUGUCCCGACGGAUGAUUACCAGUCUCCCGUGGUGAUGCAGCCCCCACCCCCGGCCGGGUCGUCUUCUCCGGGGCCCCAGCACCCUCCGCACAGUCUCAACCUGCUCGCGCAGUCCCAGAUGCAGCCACAGGCUAUCCCUUCAACUGGAGCGCAGAUUAAAAAGAAGAGUGGUUUUCAGAUCACCAGCGUAACGCCGGCGCAGAUCUCCGUCAGCACCAACAAUAGCAUUGCGGAGGACACAGAGAGUUACGACGAUCUGGACGAGUCGCACACCGAGGAUCUGUCGUCGUCCGAGAUCCUGGACGUGUCGUUGUCCCGGGCCACUGAUAUGGGAGGGCCAGAGAGGAGCUCUUCAGAAGAGACUCUGAGCAACUUGCAUGAUGCAGAGACCCCAGGUGCCGUCUCCCCAAAUCAGCCCCCGCACCCCCUCGGACAACCACAGCCACAGCCCCCUCCGCCUCAGGGUGCGAUGGUGAACGGCACUGUCCAUCACCACCAUCAUCAUCAUCGCCUCCACCAUCACCUUGGACACCACCAACUGCCCACCCCCCCCUCCGGAGCUGGGCCACCCCCUCCUGUGCCCAGCCCUGGAGGGCCGGUAGGGGGCACCAGCGUUCCCGCUUCCGUUCCCUGCCCGUCCGGAGCCUUGCCCAGCGUCGCCCAGACGUUACCUGUGAGCGUGGGAGCCAUUUUGGAGAACGCUUGCGGAGCUGUGCCUGUGACCCAAACCCCGGUGGCUGUCGGAUCGCUGUCCACAGCCGCAGCUGCCCAGAUCGGCGUCGUCGGUCUCGGUGCUGGGAACACCAGCAUGUUGAGUCCUUGCCUGGGGAGCAGCAGCAGCAGUGGUGGGGGUGUCUCUCCCGGCCCCGUGAACCCGACCGGCGCUAGUAUGCCGGGGAUCGGUGGACAAACCGCAGCCCUGAUACCACAGCAGCCAAGCGGGAACACGAGCGUCGGCAUUGCCAUGACAGGGGCCACACUUGGGGGUCAGGCUGGUGCAAUGGGUGCUGCCCACCACCCUUCCUCGAUGGCGCCGGUGCCAGCAACCCUCGGCCCCCCAGGCCCGACCCAGACCCAGACCCAGGCCCCCACUGCAGCCAGCUCCCGCUUCAGGGUGGUGAAGCUGGACUCCAGCUCGGAGCCCUUCCGGAAGGGCCGGUGGACUUGCACCGAGUACUACGACAAAGAAAGCACCCCCCCUCCUGUGCCCCCUGCUGUCCCCCUUGCCGUCCCCCCUGUUGUCCCCGCUGCUGUCCACCCUGCUGAGAACCCUCGGCAGGCCGUGCCAGAGACCGUGGCAUGCACAGAGGUGGAGAGUACGAGCGGGAGCUCUGUCAGCACCUUGAGCCACUACAGCGAGAGUGUGGGGAGCGGAGAGGUGGGCGGGCCCUCAGCCGCCCUGGAUUACGCCCAAGCCCCGCCCCAGGACGUCAUGACCCCUCUACCGAAGACCACCGUCGCCCCCCAGCAGAUGAGCUACCCUCCCCCGGGUGUGCAGCCAGCAGCUCCCGUACCAAUGGGGUACCCUCCCCCUCAGCAGCCCCCCCUAACAAACCCUGCGCACGUCAUGCCCGUGACCCAGGGGGCUGGCCUGCCCCCCGAAUAUGCGCAUCACCAGCCCGUCAUCCAGACUGCCGGGAAAGGGCAGCUGCCCCCCGCCGCUCAACCCCUCCCCCAGGGACACCUGCAAGCGCAAGGCCCCUCCCCCCAGAUCGCCCCGCCCUCCCAGGGCGUUGCCCUCCCGCAGAUGUUGCCUGGCAACGUUUCGGAGGUGGCCCAACCGCAGCACCUCCCGGAGCAGCAGCUGCCGGCCGGGACUCAGCCCCCUUCUGCCCCGGUUGUGCCCAGCCAGGUGGCCUCCAGCGUGCCUCCCCGUUACCCAGCGUACCCCCUGACCCGGGCCGGGCUGGGGCAGGGUGCCCCGCUACCCGCCAGUGCCCUGUACGCCAGCCUGCCCUCCUUCACUGCCACCCAGCUGGAGGAUGCCACCCAGCGCCUGCUCUUCCAGCACCCGUCCCUUUUCUCCCUGCCCAAACUGGCGGCCGCAGAAAAGGGCUUGGAGCCUGGCGCCUCUCUGGGGCCACAGGACGGAAACGCCACCAACGCCUUACCUGUGUCAGCCGGCCUUUUCCCCCUGAAGAGCCUGCCUGUGGACGGAGAGGAGGACAGUUCUUCGGGGGCCAGUGUUGUAGCCAUAGACAACAAAAUUGAACAAGCAAUGGACCUGGUGAAGAGCCACCUCAUGUACGCCGUGCGGGAGGAGGUGGAGGUGCUAAAGGAGCAGAUUAAAGAGCUGAUCGACAGGAACUCUCAGCUGGAGCAGGAGAACAACCUGCUGAAGAACCUGGCCAGCCCUGAGCAGCUGGCCCAGUUUCAGGCCCAGGUGCAGAGCGGCUCGCCACCCCCGUCUGCGGUGGUGCCCACGGGCGGCCAACCGCCGCUCCCGCCUGCACCCCAGACCUCCGGCCCAUCCGCAUAGCACAACCGCUCAACCCAACCGCUCUCCGAGCGAGCGCCACCAUCACAGCUAACAGACUCACGCUGCAACACAACCAUGCCACAAUCACAGGAACUUUCCGGAUAAAACAUUUUGCACAUAUUUAAAACUCACAGAAUGUGACGAGUGUUAUGUUUUUUUUUUUUUUUUCUUUAUGUUUUUUGAAGACACGUUACACACUUUUUUUUUUUCUUUUUUUUGACAAUCGUCUUCGAUAAUGAAAGCGUUAUAGUGGCGGGGUAAACACUACCAAAAAUCUACGGACUACUGAAAAAAUCAUUGGCUAUAGUUCCAGCGGACGCAGCCACGCCUGCGCCGGAGGAUUUCGAGUGACGCCGAUCGGCGGCGACUGGAAUUAUACGGGUGCUGCCGCAGUUUGCUUAGUUUUUCUAGUGUACAUAAAUCUUUUUUUUUUUUUUUCUCCCAUGGCUGUGAUCUGAAAUAAGAACCAUGCACUUUCCUGGUGACCGAUGUGAAGAAAAGGAUGAGCUCCCAUCUGGCAUGGGAGACGCUGAAAAACGAAAAAAAAAGCAAAAAAAAAAGCAGUUGACAUUUUGAAUCUCGACGUCGCCGUCACCAUUAUCUUCUUAUGGAGGAGUGGGCGCGGACGUGCCUAACGAGGGUAAAGCCUUUUUCAGUAUUCGAGCGGGAGCCCCGCUCGUCCUGCCCUGCUCGGUCCAGCGGCCUUUCUUUCCGCUGCGGCCCCGGCGCCGGGCUGAGGCUUAGCGCCAUUUCCGCGAGGGCUAGGCGUGUGUACAUUUGUGUAUUUUCUGUAAGUACUCCUGUAAAAUAGAUAACCACAGACAGAACGAUUAAGGGAAUAAAAAAAACGAAAAAAAAAAAAACUCCUGUAUGUAUUUCCUGUAGGCUGUACAGAUUGAAAUGGAGGUGUUAUCCGGCUGAUCUGAGCACGUUUGGACGGUGUUUUUCUUUCUUUUCUUUAAAAAGAAAAAAAUGCUGUAAAUCAGGAACGCAGCUUUUUUUUUUGCGUCAGUUUGACCCAAUAUCUGACAGCUUUCAAGUUUUCCUGGCUGCGUUCCAUCCUACUGUAAACUCUUGUUCACUUGAAAUUUAAUUUUAAAGCAUCGCAUCCUUACGGUUUUCUUUCUUUUGACAGUGAAGCACUCCGGUUGUUCUAAACCUAGUCUAAAUAUCAUAAAAAGCAUAGCAAAUCUGACAUGGAUUCUGCAUAUACAGUAUGUACCAGCUGUAUGACAUCCUCUGUGCAUGUUACUCAGACCAGAGAAAAAGAUGUAACAUAAUUCAAUUGCACUCGACAGUUGCACUUCUCAACUUUCAAUAAAAGUGGGGGAAAAAAAUGAAACCGAA